CCCCCCCCCCCCCCCNCCCCCCCUUCCCCUCUCUCUCUCUCCACGCGCCUCCAAAUCAAAACCAUGAUAGUAGAAGAUCAACACCGCGGUCCGCCGCACGGCAUCUUACUAGCGGUGGUGGUUGCGGUGGUGCUGUUCGUUCCCACGAUGCUCGGCGAAAACGGCGAGGCGAUAACGGAGUUCAUCUCCGAGCUGCUCAGUCCCGCCGGGAUGCUCCUCCUCCCCAUUGUCCUCCUCCUCGCCAUCCAGUUCCUCUCCUCCGAUACCGGCGGCUCCUUCGUCUCCGCUAUCUUCUCCACCGGCGAGCCUAACACGAUCCACCGCGUCAGCGGCUCCCCCGUCGGCGUCGCCCUCCUCCUCAUCCUCAUCCUCUUCCUCCUCUACAACAAGGUCUCCAUCUUCGGCGGCGACGAUGAUUCCGGCGACUAAUAACCGUAAAUAAGUGUUUGUUUGUUUCGUUUAGAUCUCAGCUUUUCUUUUCAAUUUUUUUUCCUUUUUUUUUUUUUUUUUUUUUAAAUUUAUUAGUACAAACGUAUAGUAUUGUGUGCACUCUGUUAAUGGGAAUGAUGUUUCGUUGUAUGGUGGGGUUUGAUGAUUGUAGUUUUACAGAAACACCCCCGGGGAGACAAGUCAAUGGGCAAUGGGAGAGAUUUUUGAGGGCAUUUAUGUCAUUUCAAGUAAACUGAGACAUUAUAACCAUGAUUAGAAAAUUCUACUUUGAAGUUUUAUUGAAACAUAUAUAACAAAAUUUGAUCAAA